AUGACCACAAAGGAAGCGUUCUUCUCGCUCCUAUUCCUCUGCGUCGUCGGGUGUUGGUGCCAUCCUAUCGUAUCAAUCCUCUCGCCACAGGACCAGGACCUGCUGGUUGAGAGCAACGACAUCGAGCUUGUCAUCGAAGUCGAUCGGGACGGCCACACUCACCCGCUCCCUCCCCUAACCAUCAACAUCUCCUUGUUCUACCAAGGGCAACAUGUCGGCGACCAGGUGCUCGAGGGAACGGUAGGUGACGGGGCGAUGAUGGAAAAAAAGAUCCCCCUUACUGGCCUGAUCAAUGGAGACUACGUUGUGACAGCAAAGUUCAAGGGGGAGUCAUGGUACGGCUGCUCAGUCACCUUCACAGUCGACGUUGCUGUAUCCUUGGUCCGGGUCAAAGAGCACUUGGAAGAGGAGGAAGAGGCUUGCGACGAGGGUGUCUGCAGGAAGGAGGGGGGAGAGAAAGAGGAGCAGGGACAGGAGGGGCGGGAGGAGGAGGAGGAGAAGUUCAGCGAGGAGGAUAAGCAGGCAGCUCGUCUGUGUUCGUCACAUGGUUGGGAGCCCCGGACGCGACCUGCUCGCAUCUACGACACAUUCACCUUCAACGACGAGGAGGAUAUCCUCAAAGUUCGGCUGCACGAGCUCAAUGAGCUGGUCUACAAGUUUGUGAUAGUGGAGGCGGACAUCACCUUCCAGUACAAGUCGAAACCUCUUCACCUUGACUCAUCUCGCGUCCUGCAAGCCUACGGGGACAAGGUGGAGAGGGUCCUGCUGAACAAGAGCAGGAUCAGGAGGGGAGGGGACGACGUCUGGGCGGUGGAGGUGGCGCAGAGGAAUGAAAUUCUAGAAGGACUGAAGGAUGCGCGUCCCGACGAUCUGAUCAUCAUCGCAGGUGACGUGGACGAGAUACCCAAGAGGGAGUCGCUGCGCCUGCUCCGAGUCUGCCAUGGUUACACUGCCCCUGUCUUGAUGAAGGGGCACUUCCAUCAGUACGGGUUCCACUUGGAGUACAAGGAGGGAUGGUCUCUCGGGCCCAAGGUUAUUCUUCGCGACAUGAUGUAUGGCGCCGUCAACCCUCAGCUAGUUCGCAUGACUCACCUUGGCCCGUCGGACUCAUCAAUCAUGGAGCAAGCAGCAUGGCACCUGUCGUGGUUUGUAGACGCACACGACGGAGGGAUUGAGCACAUUCAGAGCAAGUUUGCGUCUUUCUCGCAUGUUGAGUACAACUACGAGAACUUCACCGAUACUGAGAGACUCAAGCGCUACAUCGAGGAUGGCAGAGAUUUCUUCUCUGACUAUCUCGGGGAGAGGAUGGGAGGGCUCAUGGCGCAUGGGAGCCCCAAGAGUUCGCCCCUUGGAUUUCCCACUGCGAUGUAA